CAGGAUACAGUUCGCUGAAAGUGGCGUGGUGAAAGUUGUGUCUAUCCCAGGUUUGUAGGUUAAUUGGCUUCAGUAAAAAAAUGUCAAUUGUCCCUAGUGUGUUGGGCAACGCUAGUGGCUGGUUCCCGUGCUGUAUCUUUAAAGUCUAAAGUCUAUAGUAAUCCCCUUCCAGCGGAUCAGUAAUUGGAAACAGGAACCAGGCAAGCAGUGAUUCGUGCAUGCACACAAGACUUCUGAACCUGUGGGGAGCGGUCUCGAGUGGCUGGGACUGGUCAAUAUUGAACGCCAUGUUCAAGUUAUUUCAAAGAGCCGCUGGCAUGAGCUGAACAAGGCGGCGGCGUGUGUUGUCCGCCGAAUGAGAUUACUGCUGCUGCUGCACCUUGAGGGGGGAGUUUUUCUUUGUGCAGAGUAGCACACAACUCUUAGCCACACAGUCAGUGUUCGCUCCUGGACUUUCAUCAAUGACUGAACGAUGCGAUCAGCUGAUAUCAAGAAGUGCUGUCACUUCUGCUCUGCAAAAUUAGAUCUCAAACUUUGUCGCUCCCGCGGCAGCUCAGUGGGACUGACUGAGGGAGUCCGGCUCGGUUGAUUUUUGAUCUUCUAAUCCUGGGGUUUGAAGGGGGUGAGGCACUUGUCUUCGGUCGAGAUCUUAACACCACCAGCGGCGCGGCAGCAGAAAGAGACCAUGGGAAUCAAGCUGGUGUCCUUCGCGGUGGCCAGUGUGCUCCUGGGUUACUAUGUUUACCUCCCUCUCCCCGAGGCAUUGGACGAGAGGUGGAAGAUCAUGGUGGUCGACGCCUGCUUCCGAAGUUUGGAGCACCUGGCUGAGCUGACUGAGUUCAUUGGGCUGAAGCACUACAUGGAGGUGAUGAUGCUGCUCACGGUGGCGGAGAUGGUGGGGCCCACGUCCGACGAAAAUGUCACCGUGGUGGACACAACCUUUAACGGGGUUGCCGUCCGCGUCUUUGAGCCGACCCGUCGGAAGCCAGGACUGCGGCGGGCGGUCAUUUAUAUGCACGGCGGUGGCUGGUGUUUGGGAAGUGCAAAAAUGCAACCCUACGAUGCCCUGUCAAGAAAGACUGCAACAGAACUGAAUGCAGUUAUUGUUUCUGUGGAAUAUCGGUUAGCACCGCAGCACCAUUUUCCCGAUCAGUUUAAUGAUGUCUAUGCCGUGGUGAAGUACUUUCUCCAGCGGGAGAUCUUGGCCCAAUACAUGGUGGAUUCCGGCAGGGUUGCUGUAGCUGGGGACAGCGCCGGAGGCAACCUCGCGGCAGCGGUGUCUCAACAGAUCCAGGAAGACCCUAAAGUUGAAGUUGCAAUCAAGAUCCAAGUGUUGGUGUACCCUGCAUUGCAGACAAUUGACUUCAACACUCCCUCCUACCAGCAAAACGGAAACAUGCCCAUCCUGCCCAAGACCCUCAUGGUCAGGUUUUGGAGUGAGUAUUUUAGCCGGGACAAGUUGCUCCUGAAGGACAUGACGGACAAUACCCACACCGGCCGUGAAGACAGAGAUUUUAACAGCCUGGUAAACUGGAGCAUUCUUCUGCCCGAGAAAUUCAGGAAGCAGUAUAAGUAUUCCCCGCCCGGCCAGGGGAACGAGGGCACCUCUUCCACCAGCGUUCCCGGGAUCUUCGACCCAAGGGCGGCCCCACUGCUGGCUCCAGACGAGAAGCUGAGGGCCCUGCCUCGGGCCUUCAUCAUGACGUGCGAGUUCGACGUGCUGAGGGACGAUGGGGUCAUGUACGCCACGAGACUGCGGGGAGCCGGGGUCCACGUCACCCUUGAGCACUUUGACGAUUGCUUCCACGGCGUGCUCAUGUUCAUCACCUGGCCAACCAACUUUGCCAUCGGUCAGAAGCUCUUGGGCCGUUAUAUAGACUGGUUGCAGGAGAAUUUGUAAAUUGGUUCACAAAAUAUUUCUCACCGGCCUUCCACUAUGUACCACACCUGUGGAUUAUAGUUCAUGUGUUCAUACGUUCAUAGGAGCAGAUUUAGGCCAUUCGGCCCAUCAAGUCUCCUCUGUCAUUCAAUCAUGGUCAGUCUAUCUUUCCCUCUCAAACUCAUUUUCCUGUCUUCUCCCCAUAACCCACGACACUCGUACUAAUCAAGAACCUGUCAAUUAAAAAUACCCAAUGACCUGGGCUCCACGGCCAUCUGAGGCAACAAAUUCCACUGGUUCGCCACCUUCUGACUAAAGAAAUUCCUCCUCUCCUUUCUGAAGGCACGUCCUUUUAUUCUGAGGGUAAGCAAUCAGCAAGUGAUUUUAUUUCCUAAUGAUCCACCUCCAUGAUUAUCUUUGUAUUUAACCUCUAGUUUUACUGUAGUGCUUUUGGUCAGGGAUUAUAAUCACUUGAAGUGACGGUUUUAAAGGAAAUUUACAGGGUACAGAACAGUGGGGGAGUUUGACCGCACAUGGCUUAGACAUUCACACCGGGUUUCUUGGCUUCUCCAAAAUCUUAUGAAUGGGCAGAGGCCAUUCUGCCCCUCAAGCCUGUUCCUUCAUUCAUUGGGAACAUAUGAACAUGAAGCAAUAGUUAGCUCAAGGCACCUCAAGCCUGUUGCCAUUCAAUGUGAUCGUGGUUGAUUAGCUUAGAGAUACAGUGUGGAAAUAGGCUCUUCAGCCCACCGAGACCAUUCGCACUAGUUCGCACCAAACCCACGCGGUCACGGGGAGAGUGUGCAAGCUCCGCACAGACAGCAACCCAGGUCAGGAUCAAACCUGGGUCUCUGGUGCUGUGGGACAGCAGCUCUACCUGCUGAGCCACUGUGCCACUCGAUGUUGGCCCUGAUUCCUCCUCUAUGCCAGUUCCCCAUAGCCCUCAACUCCUCAUCUUUGUCAACUCAGUUACCCGCCUUGGUUGAUUGUCCCUUAAUUCUUUAUUUGCCCAACAAACAUUUGUCAAACUCAGUCUUGAUAUUGUAAAAAGUAAUAUUCGGCAGAUACUGGAAGUUUGAGGUAAAACAGAAUGUUGGAAAUGCUCAGCAAGUCUGGCAGCAUCUGUGGAAAGAGGGCAGCAGAGUCAUCAUUUCAGAUUGGUACCUCGAUCAAAGGUCAUUUACCAGAACCAUUAAUUCACAUCUUUUCUACAUGGAUGCUGCCUGACCUCCCGAGUAUUUUCAAUAUUUUCCAUUUUACUCCAGGUUUCGAAGUUUUCAUUGAUACCUCGUUAACUGGAAGAGAAUUUCCUCAGCCUCAAGAAGUGUUUUCUCUUGAUAUCGUGACAAAAACUUUAAAUGGUCCCAUCUCCUUAUCCCCCCC